AUGGGGUACCCCCUGGACAACUGGCUCUGCCUGGCUUUCUACGCCAGCCGCUUCGACACGGGGACCGUGACGGAGAACUCGGACGGCAGCUCCGACUAUGGCAUCUUCCAGAUCAACAGCUGCCGCUGGUGCAGCGACCAGCGCAGCCGCACGCUGGACCUGUGCCAGACGCGCUGCUGCGAUUUACUGACUGCCGACCUAGUGGACGACAUCAACUGUGUCAAGAAAGUCGUGAUGGACUGGCAGGGGAUGGAAGUCUGGGAAGUGUCCUGGGUCCGGUGUCAUUGCCCAGCGGCAGGAGUAGAGAGCAGGCGGAUCCAGUCGGCAGAUGACACAGAGUGA